ACUGUCUUAAAUUUAAAAUUUGAUUGUUGGUUUUUCCUGGGUUUGUGUUAUUUGAUUCAGUUUCUAUAGAUUUUUUUGUUUGUAAUUAAUUAGCUUGAUAGUUUUGAGUGAAAUUCCUCUUUUUAAAUCUACUGCUGAACCUGGAAUUUGAAAUUUUUCAUUGGGAGAAAGUCUAGAUUCAUUAAUUGAUCAAAUUUUCCUGGUUAAAGUAUCGUUUAAGGUUUGAAUGUUAUUUUAAUUAGCUUAAAAGUUGCCAUUCAAUAUAUAUAUAUAUAUAUAUGGUUCUUUCAUCUUGUUGGAAUAUCACUGUUUGCCUUAAAACAUGGGAAGGCUAGAGAUUGGGAUUUCAGUAAUAUUUAUAAAGACCCAUGCCGUGUAUGAUUUUGGACUAGAUGAAAUUUUCAUGUCUUUUUAAAGUUGCUUAUUUUGAACCAGAAGGUGCUUUUUUGCCUAUGAUAUAUGUCUAUUUUGUUUGCUUCAAUGAUAGAGCAUGGUGAAUGUAUGGCUUUAACUGGAUGUGUUCUAGACUAUGUUGUAGUGUAUUUCAGAAGAAAAAGGUUCGAGUGCUGGCAUAUUUAAAUGAAUUUUUUGUGCCUAUGCUUACUUGCUGCAUGAUAUUUCUUCAACUAGCUGAUUAUAGCUUUUUUAUGAAUACCAUUGCAGUGAGUCCCAGUUGUCAUCUCUUUCAAGUGUGUGUAAUUUGGUAGCUCGGACAGUAACAGUUCUUUCCUGCUUCACAAGUAUAUGCAUGUGUUUUUGUUUGACGAUUGACAUUUGACUAAAGAGCCAUGGAAAAGGAGAAUAAUAUAGCCCUAUCAUUAGCUGGUACUUCUCGGGUUCGGCAGCGUAAACGUUCUAAUGAGGUUAUUCCAGAACCUAGCAAACCAAAUGGUGGAACUUUGCUUGUUGAUGACCGUAACAAGUACAAAUCAAUGUGGAUUCGGACAUACUCUACUGUUUGGAUGAUUGGGGGUUUUGCAUUAGUUGUCUACAUGGGUCAUCUCUAUAUCACAGCUAUGGUGGUGGUUAUCCAAAUAUUUAUGGCAAAAGAGCUGUUUAAUCUACUCAGAAAAGCACAUGAAGAUGAGCAUCUUCCAGGAUUUAGGCUAUUAAAUUGGCAUUUCUUCUUCACUGCAAUGUUAUUUGUAUAUGGCCGCCUUCUCAGUCAACCACUCGUCAAUUCUGUUACUCCGGAAAAAUUUUUGUAUCAGUUUGUUAGCAGCCUUAUCAAGUAUCAAAUGGCUAUCUGUUACUUCUUGUACAUUGCAGGUUUUAUGUGGUUUAUUCUUACAUUGAAGAAGAACAUGUACAAGUAUCAGUUUCGCCAGUAUGCAUGGACGCAUAUGAUUCUGAUUGUAGUGUUCACACAGUCAUCCUUCACUGUGGCCAAUAUCUUUGAAGGAAUUUUUUGGUUUCUUCUUCCAGCGUCGCUUAUUGUCAUAAACGAUAUUUUUGCUUAUGUUGUUGGUUUUUUCUUUGGAAGAACACCAUUAAUCAAAUUAUCUCCGAAGAAAACGUGGGAGGGAUUUAUUGGAGCUUCUGUUACAACUAUGAUCUCUGCAUUUGUGCUUGCAAAUAUCUUGGGUCAAUUCCAAUGGCUAACCUGUCCAAGGAAGGAUUUAUCAACUGGUUGGCUUCAAAGCGACCCAGGUCCAUUGUUCAAGCGAGAGUAUUAUACUUUACCAGGAUGGAUUAGUCAAUGGUUUCCUUGGAAAGAGAUCUCUAUUUUGCCAGUUCAGUGGCAUGCUUUAUGCCUUGGUUUGUUUGCAUCAAUUAUAGCACCUUUUGGGGGCUUUUUUGCAAGUGGUUUCAAACGAGCUUUUAAAAUCAAGGACUUUGGUGAUAGUAUACCUGGACAUGGUGGAAUUACAGAUAGAAUGGAUUGCCAGAUGGUGAUGGCAGUUUUUGCAUAUAUCUAUCACCAGUCCUUCAUUGUGCGCGAGGGCAUCUCAGUUGAAAUGAUCUUGGACCAGGUCUUGACGAAACUUACUUUCGAGGAGCAGCAAACUCUUCUCACAAAGCUUGGGCAGAUCUUGCAGGACAGACUUGGACAUUCUUAAAUACACAGCUUAAUUCUGAGCAAACAAUCAUCUCGUUCGUUUCCCGAGCAUAUGUAUAUGGUGUUAUGAUCUUGUUUCCCAUUAAUUUAUCUUUAGCCAGGCAUUCUUUAUCCUCACACUGUAUAGUGUAACAUUUAAGCCAAUUAAUCAUUGAUUUAUAUAUACAUGAAA